GCUUGCUUGGUUUUCCAAACUAGCAGGCGACACAACUGUGAGAGUGAGAGAGAGAGAGAGAGAGAGAGAGGAUGCAAUGGAGCAAACUCGGCAAAGUAAUGAAGGAAGCAUGGGAUGGCUCGAUGAUCGCUGCAAGGUUCCUCUGCCUCCUUCACAUCACCGAUAAUUACCUCUGUUCCGCAUCCUUGGUGUACGGUCCCAGCAUGCUGCCGACCUUGAAUUUGACCGGCGACGUCAUUCUGGUCGAUCGCGUCUCCACGCGGCUGGGGAAGGUCGGCCUCGGAGACCUCGUCCUUGUCCAGUCGCCUCUAAACCCUAGGAUGAUGGUCACCAAGCGAAUUGUGGGCAUGGAAGGCGAUGCAGUUUCAUUCUUGGUCGACCCCGUUAACAGUGACCGUUUUCAGACCCUGGUGGUGCCAAAGGGACAUGCUUGGAUUCAGGGAGAUAAUAUUUAUUCAUCUAGGGAUUCACGGCAUUAUGGACCUGUUCCUUAUGGUCUUAUUCGGGGGAAGGUGUGGUUCCGGGUAUGGCCGCCUGAUGGAUUCGGGUCUUUGUGACAAUGAGAGCUGAAAAUACAGACUUUCAUUGUAUAAUUUUUGUCAAAUUUCCACCAAACCAUUCUUUAGUUGUCAAUGUGGAUUAUUCUUAGGAUAUGUGACAAAUUUGAGGAUUUGACUCUUGAAGGGCUGCCCUUUCACUGAUGGCACUGAAGCAUAUCCCACCAUUUUCUCUUAGGUUUUAGAGUUUUGACUUCCCUUGUUGAAGUUUUUUGAUGUACUCAAUAGCACUAUAAUUUAUUCAGAAAAACUAUUUGGAAACUCGAUUGACAUCUUUUAUUACACUCAUGCAUUUAUGUGUUGUACUUUA